CGGGAGCGGUGAUUGACAGCGUGGGCGGGCGGGCGCGCGGCACUGUGGGAGCGGCGGGCUCUGCCCACUCGGAGCGGAGCGGCUGCAAGGGAGACAUAUUGUUACUGUGUCACUGUCUUUGUGAUCAUCAUGUCCAGCCGAGGGGGAAAGAAGAAGGCGACCAAGACAUCACGGUCUGCAAAGGCCGGUGUCAUUUUCCCCGUCGGGCGAAUGUUACGUUACAUCAAGAAAGGCCAUCCAAAGUACAGAAUUGGCGUGGGUGCCCCAGUGUACAUGGCUGCAGUUCUGGAGUACCUAACUGCUGAGAUUUUGGAGCUGGCUGGAAACGCAGCGAGAGACAACAAAAAGGGAAGGGUGACCCCCAGGCAUAUACUGCUGGCUAUUGCAAAUGAUGAAGAACUGAACCAGCUGCUCAAAGGCGUCACUAUAGCGAGCGGAGGCGUCCUCCCAAACAUCCACCCGGAACUGUUGUCGAAGAAACGAGGGUCCAAAGGAAAACUUGAAGCCAUCAUCACCCCACCCUCAGUAAAAAAAACAAAGUCCUCGCAAUCUGCAAAGAAAACUGGAGCAAAGAAGGGCAAAAAGGGACCAGGAAAAGGGGCUAAGAAGAAGCAAGCGGAAGUCAGCAAGGCAGCAUCAGCAGAUAGCACAACUGAGGGGAAUCCUGGAGACACAUUUACUAUUCUCUCCACCAAAAGCCUCUUCCUUGGACAAAAGUUGCACCUCAUUCACAGUGAACUCAGUAACAUAGCGAGCUUCGAGGUGGAGGCCAUUAUCAAUCCCACCAGUGCUGACAUUGAGCUAAAAGAGGACCUAGGAGCUGCUUUGGAGAAGAAGGGCGGCAAGGAGUUUACAGAGGCUGUUAUCGAACUACGCAAGAAGAAUGGACCCUUAGACACAGCAGGAGCUGCGCUCAGUUCAGGCCACGGGCUGCCAGCCAAAUUUGUCAUCCAUUGCAACAGCCCUGGCUGGGGAUCAGACAAAUGUGAAGAACUCCUGGAGAAAACGGUGAAGAACUGUCUGGCAUUAGCAGACGAAAAGAAGCUGAAGUCCAUUGCCUUCCCAUCAAUUGGCAGCGGGAGAAAUGGGUUUCCCAAACAGAAUGCUGCCCAGCUGAUCCUGAAAGCCAUUUCUAGCUACUUCGUAUCUACCAUGUCAUCCUCAAUCAAAACUGUCUACUUUGUGCUUUUUGAUAGUGAAAGUAUAGGGAUUUACGUCCAAGAAAUGGCCAAACUGGAUGCUAACUAACGAUGUACGCUCACUCAGGGAGAGUUCUUCGACAUUGUGAUGCUGACCACUUUUUUUGUAAGUUACUAAAGCAAAAUAGGGCAGGCAAUUGAAAGGAAUCUUUGAUCAGAAUCUGGUACUUAAUUUUACUAUGGCACUGACAUUUGGCUUGAAAUUGGAUUAUGCACUGUCGUCCGAAAGUCACUAGAAUUCAUUGUAUUUUAGUAUAUAUUUUGUCGUUUUUAAUUUGCAUUGGAGACGGACAAAAACGAUUGCUUGUGGUCCUAUGUUGCCAGUCUGAAUAUUUUUAAUUCUUAACUGGGAGAGGAUGGGAGAUACAUUUUGUAACUCUGUUGUGGUACAUUGAUGUACACCAAGAUUAAUUCUUUAAAAUUGCUUGGUGCUAUAAAACUGUGUUUUGUCUACAUUACAUCUGAUCGCCACAAAUAGUUGUCGAGGGUUAUGAUAAAAUGGAGUUUGUCAUUUGUUUAUUAAAUGGUUGGACUGUGGUGGA